AUGAACUUAUUGUAAGAGCUUUCUUUUACAUUUCUUAAAAUAACAAGCGACAACAAUUAGCUAGAAGUAUCAAACAAUGCUUUAGUAAAUAACUUAUAAAACUUUGCUCAUCUAAAGAAGCUUUUCUUAAAUUUCGGGUUUACAGGACUUAACUCUGUUGAAAUAAAAUCAUUAGAUAAAGUUUUAAGAAAGAUUUGUUUUUUAGAGAAGCUAACAGUAGUGAGAAUUCUUUCAAAUAUUUCGCAUGAAGUUGUUGCUAUGAUAGCUAACUUAUAUAAAGAAUUAGUUUAGCUGAGAAAACUUAAAUUAUGGUUGAGAUUAAAUGAGAUUAAAACUGACACUGCUCUUCUCUUUGUGAAUGCAUUUUAAAAAUUAGCAUAAUUUGAUUUUAGAUAGAUUAGCAUUUAAAAUAGCAAUAUUGAUGAUAGUAUCUUCAUACUAAACAUCAACUAGCUUUUUAUGGAGUAUUUAAACCAUUUUUUUUUUUCUAUUCUCUAAUCAAAUGCACAAUUAAAAGAGGAGAAGCAGAAGAUAUAGGUGGUACUACUGAAGCCACUUUAGACAAGAUAGAUGAAAUUUUAGAUCAUUUUGGUUAAGAUAUGA